ACCAUUUUCUAUUAUUUUCCCACCAAAUCCCUAUAUCCAAACGGAACGGAGGCUUAGGGUUUGGGGUUUAAGGUGUUUGGUACUUCCAGCUCCAUCACAAUCCACAACCAUCCAUGGCUGCUGAAGAAGCACAAUUCGACUCCCUUCGCUUGUUCGAACUCCGUCUCUUUCGCUGCUCUCUACCUCUUCCAUUCCCAACCUCAUACGAACAAUCCCACGAUUCCAACACCGACAACGCGCGACAACUCCAUUCACUCAUCGAAAACGUUGUUACUUCAAUCGAAACAGGAGAUUAUCUCCGAGCCCUAUCCUCCGACGCUACUCGAACCAUCUUCAAAUUCCAAGACUGGUCCUCCUCCCCCUUGUUGGAUUGUCCCGACCAGUUUUAUUCUCAGCUGGUCCUCAAAAAUUUCGAAUUGUUCUUGUUCGACGAGUCCGAAGACGACAUAGACAAGUCCUAUAAGGCAUUUUUGUUGAUUGCCAUUGCUGUUGCAGCUUUUCUUGCAUUCACUCAGUGCAACAUUACUGGACCUUUUGAGAAGUUGCCUUUGUUGCCUCUGAUGGGAUUUGAAGAUGGUGGUGGUGGUGGUGGUGUAGGGGGGGCAGAAUGGGAAGGGUGGGCACGAAAUCAGUUGAUGGCUGCUGGGUCUGAUUUGCUUGGGAAAUUUUCUAAUUUGCAGUAUAUAGUUUUUGCCAAGAUCUUGCUUAUGAGGAUGAAAGAUUUGUUUUCAGAAGGAAAAGUCUCUGUCACAGAUGGAACUAGAAGCAUUUCGUGGUGGCUGGCUAGGCUCUUACUUCUUCAACAAAGAAUAUUGGAUGAGCGGUCGUCUUCUUUGUUUGAUCUAUUGCAAGUCUAUACAUGUGAAACUUUACAAUGUUUUGGUACUUUGGAAAAAGUAACAAGUUACUGGGGUUCUAAAUUACAUGAGGAAGAAGCUUCAGCUAUUUUGUCAAUGCUUCAUUUGGAAGCAGGAAUAAUGGAACAUACCUAUGGGCGAGCUGAUAAGUCUAGGAUGCAUUUUGAGUCAGCUGAAGUGGCAUCAGGGCUUCAACUUUCUGUAACUGGUGCUCUGGGCAUUCGCACUGUGCAUCAGAUUGAACCAAAGGCACAACGUUUACUUGUUGCAAACCCAAGUACAUUAAAUGAUGCUGUCGAGUUGUAUUCACUAAGCCCAGAGCUCCACAAAAAUGCUUCUAGCAUUGAUGGAGAUAAGUUUCUACGUCAUCCUCGUGAAACCUGUGAAGCUUCUGAUGUAUUGAUGGCUCCAAGAUUCAUAGAGGAUGAUAAAGGUUCUGAAAAUAGUGCACAAGGGACAGGAAGUGGUGGCAGUGGCACUGCCCCUUUGAAGGCAAUCCAACAAGCAGUUGCUUUGGCAUUCUGCCUUUCUAUAGAGAAGAGCACUCCACAUGAUGAAAUGCAAAGGUGGGAGAUGGCACCGUACAUAGAAGCAGUUGAUUCCCAGCUGUCGUCAUACUUCAUUAUUCAUUGUUUUUGUGACAUCUUACGCAUCCGAUGGGAGUCAACUCGUAGUCGCACAAAGGAGCGUGCUUUGCUGAUGAUGGAUAAACUGGUCCAAGGUGUCUAUGAAUCUUCUCCUGGUGUUGCACAAAGGAUUUAUUAUUGUUUUGGAGCUUAUAUCCCUACAAUUCCUGCCCUCCGCAAAGAAUAUGGCGAGCUUUUGGUGGGUUGUGGCUUGAUAGGGGAGGCAGUUAAAGUUUUUGAGGAUCUAGAGUUGUGGGAUAAUCUAAUAUAUUGCUACCGCCUAUUAGAGAAAAAAGCAGCAGGUGCGGACCUCAUCAAAAUGCGGCUGUCUGAAAUGCCUAAUGACCCAAGGCUAUGGUGUUCAUUGGGAGACAUUACAAAUAAUGAUGCUUGCUACGAGAAAGCACUAGAAGUGUCAGGAAAUAGGUCUGCUCGAGCAAAGCGAGCUCUUGCUCGUAGUGCAUACAAUAGGGGUGACUAUGAGAAAUCUAAAAUUCUAUGGGCAUCAGCCAUGGCACUGAAUUCUUUGUAUCCAGAUGGUUGGUUUGCCCUUGGAGCUGCUGCUUUGAAGGCAAGGGAUGUUGAAAAGGCGCUGGAUGCGUUUACCUCUGCUGUUCAACUUGAUCCUGAAAAUGGGGAAGCUUGGAACAAUAUUGCUUGUUUGCAUAUGAUUAAAAAGAAGAACAAAGAGGCUUUCAUUGCAUUUAAAGAAGCACUAAAGUUCAAGAGGAACAGCUGGCAGUUGUGGGAGAAUUUUAGCCAUGUUGCUGCAGAUGUGGGCAAUUUUAGUCAGGCACUAGAAGCUACAAAGAAGGUGUUGGACAUGACUAGCAAUAAAAGAUCUGAUUCACAGUUUUUAGAGAGGAUGAUGCUAGAGAUUGAAGGGCGUUCUUUAACUAAGCAUUCCCAUUCUCAUCUCGCCACCAAUGACCAUAAUUAUACCGAUCAAAUUCGUCCUGCUGAUUCUGAUGUCACUUGUGCAAAUGAGUCAACUGAUUCAGAAGUCAGGCUUGCAGAAAUUCGAGAAACUGAUUAUUUGGUGGAGUUCCUUGGGAAAAUCUUACAACAGAUUGUUCGAAGUGGUGGAGGAUCAGAAAUGUGGGGAUUGUAUGCAAGGUGGCACAAACUUAAAGGAGAUCUCACAAUGUGCUCUGAGGCCCUUCUAAAGCAAGUUAGAUCAUACCAGGGGUCUGAUUUGUGGAAAGACAAAGAUCGGUUUAAGAAGUUCGCACAUGCUUCAUUGGAACUUUGUAAGGUGUAUGUGGAAAUUUUUUCUUGUACUGGCAGUCGUCAACAACUUUUUGCUGCUGAGAUGCACUUGAAGAACAUUAUUAAACAGGCUGGGAGCUUUUCUGACAUGGAGGAAUUUACUGAUCUUCAGGCUAGUCUUGAUGAGGUUCGAAUGAAAUUGCAAACAAGUGCACCACCUUCUGUUUAACAUCUUACACUAGACAACAUUUUGUUUUCUAACGUGUUGUACAAUGACGGGGCAUGCCACCGGUGCUUAAUGUUUAUGCAUAAAGUUUUUUUUUUUUUGUUUUUAUAAAUUAAAUAAAGAUCUGCUCGAGUGUUUUACAAGUUGUAAUUAGUGAUCGUGGUUUAGUUUUUUAUUUUUGGUUUCAGUCAAGUUACUUAUAAUGAAUCACCAAUGUAAAAUAUGGUUGUAACCAUGAGAUUUUGUAUAUUGAUGCAAGCUGGUGAAGAAAUUUUCAUACAGAAUAAA